AUGGCAUCAGGCGUCUCUGCAGAGCGAAGCUUCCCCACGAGGUCCGAGGGUGUGAGUGACGAGGUUUCUCCGUUGGCUUUUCAGGAAAGCAUAAAAAACGACAAGGCCGACAAGGCCUAUAAACGCGAUGCUUUUCUUAGCCCGAGGGCAGGUGACAGGUCACAUGACCUCUCCAACGAUGACCAAGAACGACAAUCUACCGAUGUAGACAAUGUAGACAAGGCGAAACAUGGCAUCCAAAUCUCGGAACACUCCUUGAGCAGUUGCCAGUCUUUCUUGGCUCUCAAACACUUCUCCUUCGAGCUAGCGGUCGGGAACUUGAGUGGGGCGGACCCCCAGGGACACGCAACUUCCGCAACCUCCAGAUCCAACAUCGAAUCCUGCAUCUGCCGCUUUACCUUGGCGAGCCGUCUCGCCAUGCCUACCGACCGCGAUCAUCGGUACGAUGCCGUGCCACCCAUCCCGACCUACGAAGAAGCCAUCGCCGAUGCCCACGAUCCAUCACCACACGAGACCGAAUCACAAUCCUUAUUAACCUCCCGUAAUCAUGGUGCGCCGUCCUCCUCGCGCCGCCCGAACGGCUACCGCCCCCCCACGGUCGAGAGCGACGACGAAGACGGCCUUUUCGAGAGCGACGAUGACGGAGGCCACGAGACCGCUUACGUGCGGCGGGAGAUGCAAGAGCUGGACAUAGGAGAGCCAGACCACGGUUCGAGAACGUCGUUAUGGGGCAAACGGAUACCCUUCUCGCUAUCGCUGCCUCGCUGGAAAUGGUCCUGGCGCUGGCGCCUACCUCGCCUGAGGCCGACCAUCGUGCUCCCCUCGGGACCACCUACGACGACGACGACGACGACGACCCCGAGCUCGACCCAAGGGAACGAGAGUAGCACAGAAAACAACACAUCGCGGCGGUGGCGGUUCCCCUGGCCCAGGUUCCAGGGCGCGUCCCGCAAGCAGGUGAUCCUCCUACUGGUCCGCAUCUUCGCCGUCUUCGUCAUCCUGUCCUUCCUCUACCUCGUCUUCGUCAGCGAUGUCUUUUCGAGAAUGGCGAGGCGGAUGGGCACCGGUUUCCGAUUCGAUCCCGAGGACGUGCGGUCGUGGGUGCAAGGUCACGUCGACCCGGCGAGCAUGGCCACCACCGUCAAGCACUUCACCAGCUACGCCCACCUCGCCGGUACCGAGGGCGAUUAUUCCCUGGCCUCGGACAUGGAACACAUGCUGACCAGGACCGGGCUGGACACCGUGCACGUCGACGAGUACUACGUGUACCUGAACUACCCCAAAAAGGACGGACGCGCCGUCCAGAUCCUCGACAAAGACGGGAAGGCUUCCUGGACGGCCAAGCUGGAAGAGCACGCGAGGGCGGAGCAAGUCGCCGGUCGACAGACAUACGCUUUCCACGGUCAUUCCAAGGCGGGCGACGUCAAGGGCCCGUUGGUCUACGCCAACUACGGAUCGCGGCAGGAUUUCCAAGAGCUCAAGGAGAGGGGCAUCAAGACGGAGGGCGCCAUCGCCCUGGUGCGGCACUACGGCUCCCAGACCGACCCGGCGCUCAAGGUCAGGGCCGCCGAGCUGGCCGGCUUCGCGGGCUGCCUCAUCUACAGCGAUCCGCUCGACGAAGGCUCCGACCUGGACGACGUGGCCCCCGAUGGCCGAUACAUGCCCAAGGACGGCGUGCAGCGGAACUCGGUCAGCCUGACAAACUGGGUCCUCGGCGACGUCUUGACCCCCGGCUGGGAAAGCAAGGACGGUCUGCCGCGCAUGAAGGUCGACCAGUCCCCCGGUCUGAACCACAUCCCGAGUCUGCCCCUGUCCUGGGGCGAUGCGCAAGUUCUCCUGAAGCACCUCAAGGGCCACGGCAAGAAGGUCCCCGAUGCGUGGAAGGGCGGCGUCCCCGACGUCUCGGAGUGGUGGACCGGCGACGCCGGGUCCUCGUCCUCGCCCGUCGUCCGCCUCAAGAACGAGCAGGACGAGGUGGAAAAGCAGCCCAUCUGGAACGUCUACGGGAAGAUCGAAGGCGUGGAGCAGACGGAAAAGUCCGUCAUCGUCGGCAACCAGCGCGACGCCUGGGGCUUCGGCGCCACCGACCCCCACAGCGGCACCGCCGUCAUGCUCGAGGUGGCCCGCAUCCUCGGCAUCCUCCUCGGCAAGGGCUGGCGACCCCUGCGGUCCAUCGAGUUCAUGUCGUGGGACGGCGGGGCCUACAACCUCGUCGGCUCGACCGAAUUCGUCGAAGCCAACCUCGACGCCCUGCGCCGCAACGCCUACGCCUACGUCAACCUCGAGGCCGCCGUCGCCGGCACCCACUUCCACGCCGCCGGCUCGCCCGUCUUCCGCCAGACCCUGCACCGCGUCCUGGACCGCGUCCACGACCCGGUCCGCAACGAGUCGCUGCGCCACCUCUGGGAGGAGCGGCGGGGCCAAGUCGAAACCCCGGCCGCGGCGGGGGACUUCGCCGCCUUCCAGGACAUGGCCGGCACGAGUUCCAUCGACCUCAGCUUCCGCGGCCCGCCGCGCUACCCGGGCCACUCCAACUACGACACCUACGACUGGGCCAAGCGCGUCGGCGACCCGUCCUUCGUCUACCACGGCCUCAUGGCCGAGGUCGUCGCCCUGCUGGUGCUUGAGCUGGCCGACCGGCCGAUCCUGCCCUUCGACCUGGUCGGGUACGCCGACCGCCUCGACGGCUGGGUCGAGGACCUCGUCGCCUGGGCGAAGGGCAAGGUCAAGGCCACGGCCGAGGACGCGGGCGGGGAGGAGAAGUUCGCGCUCGACCAGCUGAGCAUUGCGGUCCACGAGAUCAAGUCGGCGGCCAAGACCUACUCGACCUGGGAGCACGCCUGGGACAGCAUGGUCAUAUCCAGCGGCGGGUGGGAGUCGGCCUCCUUGAACAGCCAGCGCCUCAACUACAACGAUAGGAUGGCGCUUUUCGAGACGGCCUUGUUGGAUUUGGAAAAGGAUGGCGGGAUCCCCAACCGCACACAGUUCAAACACGUCGUCUUCGGCCCCCGAGAAUGGGCGGGCUACAACACCACCUUCCCCGCCAUCCGCGACGCCAUUGAGGGAGGCGACUGGGAUCUUGCGAACAAGAUCGUUCUCAAGACUGCCAGCCUUCUCCGGGAUGCGGCGAGAGUGCUCAUCGACACUGAGGACAUAUGA